UGCAGGAGAUGACCAGAGACUGCGGACACAGUACAGGAGAUGACCAGAGACUGCAGACAGUGCAGGGGUUGACCAAAGGUUGCGGACACAGUACAGGAGAUGACCAGAGACUGCGGACAGUGCAGGGGAUGACCAGAGACUGCGGACAACAGUGCAGGGAAUGACCAGAGACUGCAGGACAGUGCAGGGAAUGACCAGAGACUGCAGACAGUGCAGGGAAUGACCAGAGACUGCGGACAGUGCAGGGAAUGACCAGAGACUGCAGACAGUGCAGGGAAUGACCAGAGACUGCAGACAGUGCAGG